CAGGGAGGGCUUUCAUCUGGACGGACCACAACCUUGGAUGUGCACGCUUCAUGUUCUUUAAUCAUGAUUACACAUUUAUAAGUCGGUUAGAGAUUAUACAGACGUUACAAGUGAUGAACGCAAUGCUAUUUAUUUAGAACUGGCCUAAAGAACGAUCCAACCGGCAUCAAGUUCAGCUGUCAGUCGCCGUGUAGUCAGUGGUAAGGCAAGAAACCAGGAUUACUUUUCAUGGCAGUGUCAAGGGCUACACAUUUCACCCCAGCAGGGAGAUUUCUUGGCUCCUGCUACAAACAGAGACUCUUGGCCCCCCACCUGUCUGUGGGAUGGAGGGCUGUCUCCGGAGGAGAGUACAGACGGCCAGGCCAGACGCAGGACAACACCCCCAUAUGGAAGAAGUUUGACUUCAAUAAAGGUGUGGAGGGGAUGCGAAAGCAUUUUACCCUGCUGAAGAACGAGUUUCUGGGCCGCUGGACAGGGCCGGAGGGGAAGCCACUGAUUGAACAUUUCCUGGAGCAGACCAGGGUGAUCUGGGAGUUCAGAGGGCCAGAGAGCCUGGAGCAGUGGACGGUGUCUUCAGACCGAGAGAUCGGUGGGAGGAGCGAGGCCUAUCUGAAGCUAGGCAGGAACAACGCUACGUGUCUGAUGUAUGGGACCCUCUGCUCUGCUCCCCCCAGGGACGGAGAAACGCAGUAUAGUGGAUACUGCACACUGCGCUCCAAACCGCUCAUGGGUUCGUUUGACAGUAAGAAGCAUCACGAUUGGUCCAGCUUCAACACCCUGCACCUGCGUAUCCGUGGUGACGGGCGGCCAUGGAUGAUCAACGUCGGGGCGGAGACCUACUUCUCACACCAGAAGGACGACAUGUACAGUUACUUCCUCUACACACAGGGAGGACCUUACUGGCAAGAUGUCAAGAUUCCAUUCUCAAAAUUCUUCCUCUCUAGUCGGGGGAGGGUACAAGAUGAUCAACAUCCUCUCUGGUUGGACAAGGUUAACACCAUUGGAAUUACGUUGGGUGAUAAGGCAGACGGUCCAUUUCAACUGGAGAUUGAUUUUGUUGCCGUGUGUAAUGACCGUGCACACACAGAGGAGUUUGCAUAUGAGGUAUACAAGAGGAACCCUGAAGUCUGAGAACAAGCAUCACCCACCAAAUCCUCAAUGAAAACGCUACUUCAGGAAAUGCCCAUUUACUACAUGUAUUUACAAGUCCGAAAAGGUACAACAACAAAAGCUUGCAGAUGCACUGUAAAACACUUCCAUGUGAAUUACAGAUAUGACACAAAUAUUUAAGACUAUGGUCUACCAACGACACUGGUGUACGAAAUAUGAAACAUGUUAAUGUGAACAAUAAAGUUCAUAAAAAACA